UUUCCCUAGUGUACGUUUAUUUUAGUUGUGGGAUCAUUUGUAUGUGUAAAGUUCUAGGUUUCAUAUCUGUUCUAUUUGAUAAAUGACGGGAGUUAUGUCUGAUGUCAUGUGCUGAGAAGAUUUGACUAAAUAUUUAAAUCCCAGCAAAUUCAAAUAAUUAAAUUGCACAUUCUAACUUUUAAGCAUUUUUUAAAAACGCUUAAAGAAUAUAUAUUAAAUCCAACUAAAGAAAAGGUAAAAAUGCCUAAUCACCAGCUACGCUGUAUUUUUAGCAAUUAGUUUACAUUUUCAUAAUGUUGUCGAAUGUUUGAUUGACAUUUGUGUCAUCCAGUGGAAAAAUUUAAAGUUUUUUGGUCUUGUUUGAUUGGGUGAUUUAGACGACUCCGCCCAACCUCGCACUCUCCUCUUAAAAAAAUAAUAAAUGAAAACUGGAGGAGGACUGACGCCUGAUACCUGCUACCUGAUGGCUGACUCGAGGAGGAGUCGUGUCAUUGACUGACUGCAGAUGCCUUAGACAAGUGCUAUGGGAAGAUGAAUCCCAUGGCUGUUGCUGUUUCUGCUACCACCACCACUGAGCCUGAAGAAGCAGGGUUCCCGCAGGGCACCCUGGACAGUGAGGACUAUGUGUUUGUGGAGUCCAGGCACUGCAACAAAGUGCUGGCGGGUCUGAACAGCCUGAGGCUGAACAAUGCCUUCUGUGACGUGAUCCUGUGCUGCGGUGGCCAGGAGUUCUCCUGCCACCGGAUAGUGCUGGCCUCUUUCAGCUCCUACUUCCAGGCCAUGUUCUCCACGGACCUCAUGGAGUCUAGGCAGGAGAGGGUGGCCAUCAACGGGGUGGAGCCCCAGAUGAUCGGCAUGCUGGUGAGCUACGCCUACACGGCCGAGGUGGUCAUCACCAAGGCCAACGUCCAAGCGCUACUGGCUGCCGCCAACCUGCUGGACAUCAUGGCGGUGCGGGAGGCCUGUUGCAGGUUCAUGGAGCGGCAGAUGGAUGAGAUGAACUGCGUGGGGAUCCACUGCUUCGCGGAGGCGCACUCCUGCGGGGAGCUGGAGCACCGGAGCAUGGAGUUCAUCCUGCAGCACUUCAGCACGGUGUGCAAGCAGGAGGAGUUCUUGUCUCUGUGCGCGGACAAGCUGACCGAGAUCAUCGCCAGCGACGAGCUCAACGUGCCCAAGGAGGAGAUGGUGUUCGAGGCCGUCCUGCUGUGGCUGCAGAAGAGCGCCGCCCGCAAGCAUGUUUUUGAAAAGGUGUUGGAGCAUAUCCGCUUGCCUUUAAUCAGCCCCUAUUACAUCCACGAUGUCAUUGAGUCGCAGUCCGUCAUUCAGGAGUCCCUUCAGUGUCAAAGGCUGAUCUCAGAGGCAAAGGAUUACCUGCUGCUCCAGGAUCGCCGAGGAGAGCUUUUCGGACCUCGGACACGCCCCCGCAGGGCAACAGGAACUGCAGAGGUGAUUGUCACUGUCGGGGGUGAAGAUGAUAAGGUUGUUCUGCGCAGUGUGGAGAGUUUUGACCCCAUAACCACCCAGUGGAAAUCACUAGCAUGCCUGCCCUUUGCAGUCAGUAAACAUGGUCUUGUGGUUUCAGGAUCCACGCUGUACUUGGCUGGGGGAGAGUUUCCAGAUGGCUCGGCCAGCAGGGAGAUGUGGCGCUAUGACCCCUGCUUUGACAGCUGGCUGGAGAUGGCUCCCAUGAACGUUGCACGCUCUGAGCUAGGGCUGGCAAUGCUGGAUGGGUUUGUGUUCGCUGUUGGUGGCUGGGAAGGCCAUUCCAGGCUCGAUUCUGUGGAGUGCUAUAACCCCCACACCAACAGCUGGCAGUUCGUGGAACCUAUGAAGAUGGCAGUGACGAGCCCGGCCGUGGUCGCACUGGAUGGAUUGUUAUAUGUAACUGGUGGUGCUGUUCUGGAAGACGGUGAUGGAAUGGAUCUUGCACAAGUUUACAACCCCAAAGCCUGUAUCUGGACCGAAGUGGCUCCCAUGCAAAUCGCACGAUCAGGCUCCGCUGCCUGCAUACUCAAGGGAAAGAUUUACGUUAUCGGUGGCUGGCAUGCCUCAACAGAGAACACAGACAAGGUGGAGUGCUACAACCCGAAGAUGAACAAGUGGACAAUGUGCGCCACCAUGAAGGAGCGUCGCUACAGGCCAGGCGUGGCUGUGGUGGACGGGAAAAUCUACGUGCUGGGAGGGGAGGAAGGCUGGGACAGGUACCACGACACCAUCGAGCGGUACUGCGACGAGACGGACAGCUGGGAGAUCAUCGGGGAGAUGCCCACUAGCCGCAGCUGGCUGAGCUGUGUGUCGCUGCAGGUGAGGAAGGAUUCCCGCAGCAGCAGCCACCCGGGCACUGCCACUGACCAGGAGUACCCCGUGGACUGAGCUUCAAGCCUGGCACCGUCCACUACCCCAUCGGUGUCUGCACAGGACAGCGCUGGAGAGGCUGUGUUAGCAGGGCAAUCGAGGAGUUGAUAUCUGACACUUAGGGGGCCUGAGGAGAGAUCAGAGGUCCCAUUAACAGGCUGUAACAGUUUGGGGUGUGUGAUUUUUUUUUUAUUGGGGAUCUCGAGCUGGAGGAACGUUGGCAUCCUGUUUUCAUGUUGGUGGACAAAGAAAAGGACAAAGCUGUAUUGAUUGGUUUUCAAAUAUCCACUGAAGAUACCCUGCAAUUUCUGAGGUCUAAAAGGGUUAUGAUCACUAAACUAAAAAGAUGGACUGGAGUCAGGGGUGUAGUGGGACAGGAGUGUGUCUGGUAUAUUUUUUAUUUUUUGUGGUGGGGCGCUGAUCCACCACAUAUUUAUUACCUAAAGGCAAUAUUUUAUUUUCAUAUUUGCAUUUCCUAAAUACAGACACUUUUCCUGGAUCCCGGGCGCUUUGAAGGGGGCUGAGCCUAAUAUUAACUGCUGUCAGUCAGACAGCUCCCAAUGCAUACACCGCGUCACACAGCACAGGUAUCUCUGAGUGAUGUAAAUGAAUGGCACUCAAACAAUAAAGUUUCCUUCUCUCUUGAUUCCUGUGUGCUGUAGCUGCUUGUCUAUAUAAUUGUGUUAAUACACAUCUACUCAUUAAAACAAAAAAAAAACUUUUUUUUUUAUUAUUUACUGUACAUUUAACAUGCCCAAAGGCAGUGAAAAAACUUUUGCGUUUUUACCCAAAAAUAGUCUACAAUCUGGAGAACUGUUAACAUUUCAGUUUUCACCUUCUUACUGUGUCACAGCUGGUGGGAUAGCGACCCAAGUCAUUGUAUGUACUGUUAACACACUUUCACAAACAGGAGUACAUAAAGCACUUUACUUAAUAUACAUUGAAAAAAACAAAAUGCUGUGUUUUCUUGGUACUCUCUAUUUUACAAUCUGACCGGAAAGAAAUCUUAAGAGGCUAUUGUUUGCUUUUGUACACGCAUUGUAUUAACUCUUAGAACUUCUUUUGAAAAGUCCAAAACAACGUAAAUGUAUUUAAGUUACUGAUUUAACUGUGCCACUUAAGUGAGUGUGAAUAUAUAUUUAGGCUACAGCCUACUUUUGAUCCAGUGUGUUUUUUGACACUCUUGGUAUUUUUGGUAAAAGUGAACUGUUUAUAAUGUACCUUUAUUGAUUUUAGGGCAGCUCCUACACCCCUGACGGUAAUGUUAGUAUGUUUAAGUUACUGCUGCACAUGACUUGAACCCUCACGACUGUCAUGCAUAUUACACACCCCUUUAUGCAUAUAUGUGUGCAUGCGACAGUCAGGGUUUGGGAGUGCAGUAUUUCAGAGUAAACUGUAAUAGCGUGGUAACUGUAAUAAUUAAGAAGCCAUUGCUUCUUGAUGUGAAUACCUUGCAAGAUAAUGCCAUUGUAUUUUAUUCUUUUCAUUUAUUGUAGGUUAACAUAAAAAAUGUAACCUUGCUGCUGUUUACAUUUUUGUAAUGGUAUUUGUUUCACGAUUGAAAGUUGAACUGAAUGUCUUUGUUAUUCAGUACUGCGUAGUAUUACGUGUCCUGUCAGUUCUUUUUUAAAUGCUUUAGAAAUGCAUUUCUCCUAUCUAAUUGCCUUGCUAUUAUUAGUAAGAGCAGCUUUGAAAUGUGCUAUUAUUAGUACUGUAUUUGAUGCACAAUUUCUGCUGGUCUGGUUUAUUUCACACAAGCACUGGACAAUCUUCAUUACAGCAUUUUUAUAAGCCAAAAAAAGCAUCAGUUAACAGCCAAAAAUCCCCUGGAGAUUAUACUACUGGUGAUGAUGGCAAUUGUAGAUGCAGAGAUCUAAUGCCUAACCACCUCUGUGUUGAUAUUCUUAAUCAGAAAUCUGAGCACUGGCCUUGUUUAUCUAUCUGCAAAUCUAACCACCAAAUCUCCUCUGGUCUGCACAUUUUUUAAUUGGUUUAGUUGAACUGGCUCUAUACCUCUUUUAAAUAUAUGCCUUUGAUGAAAAGUUAACUUUAUCAAACAUGAUAUCUCUAUCCACUGUAAGCAUUUGUAUCGAACUUCGUUUCAAUAUGUUUAAUGAAGGAAUUGUCAAUGGACCGAAAGCUUACUAAAUACAAAAAAGGCUGUUCAAUGUGUUUCAUACUUUGUUGUGCCUGGUUGAGUGAUACUGAAUACUAAACAGAGUAAUUGUUAACUGCUAGAUGUACUUUAUGUUCAAAUAGUUUGUAAUAAGUGAAAUAAAUUGCUCAAUGUCAACUUGUACUUGGUGUAUACGUGUAUUUACUGCCAAAUCAGAGACUGAAAUGAUAUUUUCCUUUGCGAUAGUCUUAAGAUUCUCACUAAAGGCUAGCUCCAUGCCCAGUAUGUUCACUUAAAGCAUGUAAAGU